AGUUGGCUCAAACAAACUGGUGAAUUCUCACUCUAGGCAUAAAUUCCGGGAUUCUCCACUCCACCCAUCUUUACUUUCUCCCUCUCUUUUAUUUUUGAAAAAACCUCCGCCUCCGCGCCACAGCGGGAGGGGAAGCAGAUAAUUCACUCUCAUUUUUUUCAACAUUGAUCCUAACCCUAAUUUUCGUCGGACUUAGGUGAAAAGAAAAGAAAAAGAGAAAAUGCCUAGAGAAAUUAUCACUCUCCAAGUGGGACAAUGCGGGAACCAGAUCGGGAUGGAAUUCUGGAAACAACUAUGCCUCGAGCACGGCAUCAGCAAAGAAGGCAUUCUUGAGGACUUCGCUACUCAGGGAGGUGACAGGAAAGAUGUCUUUUUCUAUCAAGCUGAUGAUCAGCAUUACAUACCUCGAGCCUUAUUAAUAGAUCUGGAACCCAGAGUGAUCAAUGGAAUUCAAAACAGUGAAUAUAGAAAUCUAUACAAUCAUGAGAACGUCUUUGUUUCAGAUCAUGGUGGAGGUGCUGGAAACAAUUGGGCCAGCGGAUAUCAUCAGGGGAAAGGGGUUGAAGAGGAUAUAAUGGACAUGAUUGAUAGAGAAGCUGAUGGAAGUGAUAGUCUUGAGGGAUUUGUUCUAUGCCAUUCAAUUGCUGGAGGAACAGGCUCAGGUAUGGGUUCAUAUUUGUUGGAGACUCUAAAUGAUCGUUAUAGUAAAAAACUGGUUCAGACAUACAGUGUGUUUCCCAACCAGAUGGAGACAAGUGAUGUGGUGGUCCAGCCCUAUAACUCACUGUUGACAUUGAAGCGACUAACACUAAAUGCUGAUUGUGUUGUUGUUCUUGACAAUACUGCACUGAAUAGAAUUGCUGUGGAGCGCCUACAUCUACAAAAUCCCACAUUCGCUCAAACUAAUUCUUUAGUUUCUACUGUAAUGUCUGCAAGUACAACCACUUUGCGCUAUCCGGGAUACAUGAACAAUGACUUGGUUGGCCUUCUCGCCUCUUUAAUUCCAACACCAAGAUGUCAUUUUCUUAUGACAGGAUACACACCACUCACUGUGGAGCGUCAGGCUAAUGUGAUCCGUAAAACUACUGUACUAGAUGUUAUGAGAAGACUUCUGCAGACAAAAAAUAUUAUGGUUUCUUCUUAUGCUCGAACAAAAGAAGCCAGUCAGGCAAAGUACAUUUCAAUAUUGAAUAUUAUUCAAGGAGAAGUUGACCCUACUCAGGUACAUGAAAGUUUGCAGAGGAUUCGUGAAAGAAAGCUUGUCAAUUUUAUCGAGUGGGGCCCUGCAAGUAUUCAGGUUGCUCUCUCUAGAAAGUCUCCAUAUGUUCAAACUGCCCAUCGGGUUAGUGGUCUCAUGCUAGCAAGCCAUACUAGUAUCAGGCAUCUCUUCAGUAAAUGCCUGAGUCAAUAUGAGAAGUUGAGAAAAAAGCAAGCCUUUCUUGACAACUACCGGAAGUUUCCGAUGUUUGCUGACAAUGAUCUUUCAGAGUUUGAUGAAUCAAGAGAUAUAAUUGAGAGCUUAGUUGAUGAAUACAAGGCUUGUGAGUCCCCAGAUUAUAUCAAAUGGGGAAUGGAGGAUCCUGACCAUGUUCUGACAGGAGAAGGCAAUGCUACUGGAACUGUGGAUCCUAAAUUAGCAGUGUGAACAAACCAAGGAAGGUAGAGUUGUAUUUUCCUUGAAAGUUUCUGUGGGCUUAUCAGUAUUCCUUUAUUGUAGUAAAAGUAGUUCUUUAAUAUGAAUUUAUAGGAUCAUAUAGAUUGUUUUGAUGUGUUUGUAAAUUGUUGAUAUGAACAGUCUUUGAAGCAUAUAGUUGCAUUCCAAUGGGCCUUAAUGGGGGAAAUUUUUUAGAUGCUUGAGCAGUGAUUUCUUCUGGAAGUUGUAUGUUUUCUCCUUGGCGUUCAUGUGAGAUCUUGUUAUGGUUCUCCCCAGUGGUUCUGUAAUCUGAAAUCAGUUCUCAUAAUGCCCAAAAUUUUUGUUUCCUUAACCAUGGAUUUUCAAGGACUAAAAAUAAAAUUCAAGACCUAUGUUCCGUUUCAAGCUGUCCAAUGAAUGGCAGGCAGUAAACCAAAAAUGAAUAAAAAAUUAUCCACUUAAUGCUCUUGUUAC